UCCAGUUACCAGACUAAUACAAAUUUCAUAAAAGCGGUUUGUUCAAAAAUAGAAUGACGGUUGUCUCGGGAUAGUUCGAGUGGUGAAAAUGUCGAAAUUCUAAUGCAAGGCAAAGUACGCGUAAUUUUUCGGCUUGACGGAGUAUCUGUUCACUGUCACUAUGAGUGGAAUCCGGUUUGCUUUGGAGGGAGAAAAUCUUGGUGUGGGGUCAAGACCCAGGCCCAAGAAGAGACGCUCCUCUAUAUUGAAGUCCCCGUCCAGAAAUGCCCUUCAAGAUUUGGAUCCGAAUGCAGAUGAGCGAGACACUACAAACGCUAAGAAGAAACGACGUUCCUCAAGAAGAGUUAGCUUUGCUAACACAUACCAAGUCCAGGAAUUUUUGACAGCUAACCAGCUGAAAUUACUGGAGGACACCAAUGUGGAAAGAGACUCCACCCAGCUGUUCUCACCAGAGAAGGUAGAUGAAGCAACAGCACACACCAGCUCUGUACAAGAUGCGACGGCCAGCCAGUCAUUUCAGCCCGACAUCUCGGUUGGACCAGGGCAUUGUAUAAGAGGUCUGGAAACCCUUCUCUCUGGCCCAAUAAAGAACCAAUCUCAUCAAGACGCGGUUGUUAAUGAGCCAAUGAUUCCUCAUGCUUACUCGCAACCAAGAGAGGGCGCUGUUCAGUUACCCAUGAUCGACGAGACUUGCGAGCUAGCGGUCGAAACCAAAGUUGAGAGCAGUACAAGAGAGAGAUCAGAUGCCAACGAUUUAGAAUCAGAUGAGGUGCAGGAUUGGCCAGGGAUGACUGCUACUCAUGACAGCCUCGGUGUCGGCCUCGUUGGACCAAGAUAUCACUGUUCUCUCCCUGUGACUGAUUCGUUUAGUAGCUCCUGCCACAGUAGUAGCUUCAUCUCCUCGAUGAGUCACUCCGAACUCCAUGAUGGUCCAGAUGUCGAUCUGGAAGACACUGCCAAUUUUGAGCUCACGUUGUGUCGAGAGAAGUUUAUCGCUGGCUUGAAAGAUCCGGAAUAUACGUAUGAUCAGCCAGUGACAACAGAGCCAUCCAUCCAGAAGACAGAUGGUAGUUCGUUUUUGAAAUCUUUCAUGUCGGCAGCACCGGGAGAGGAUAGCUUCAACAAACCUGUCCAGAAGAAAGAUGCAAAUUCAUUUUUAAAAUCUUUCAUGUCGACAGCAUCUGGUGAGGAUAGCUUUAAUGAGCCUGUCUCGAAGAAAGAUGGAAGUUCAUUUUUGAAAUCUUUCAUGUCGACAGCACCAGGUGGGGAUAGCUUCAACCAGCCUGCGCAUUCUACCUUUCCAGCCUACACAGAUGGGGAUCGAUAUCAGGAUCGGGAGGCCAAACUGGACAGCAAAGGGUUCUUGAAGUCCCUCACUGGGUCUGGCAAUCCUGCACAAUCCUUCCCAGAUGCUGACAGUAGUGCUAACAAUGAGUCAAAAGUUUCAGAGAAGAAAGAUGGCAAGAGCUUCUCACAGUCACUAUAUGGAAACAAUGGUCAACUGUCACAAGCAACAUCGGUGCCAGAUGAAACUUGUAUAUUUGGGCAGGAUGACGUUGCUGCAGAAAUGGAUUUGACAGCUUGCCUCAGUCUCAAAGAAACAGACGGACAGUGCAAGAAAAAGACAGACGGCAGCGCUUUCUUGAAAUCCCUUGCCAAGUCUAACCCAAGUGAUGACUUUGGUCCUACUGGGCAUUCUAGAAUACCAAACAAAGUGAAUGAGUAUCCUCCUGAUGAGCAGAAAACUCAGGUCUUUGGUCGGGAUGACGAUGUGAAUUCUGGAAUGGAUCUGACAACCUGCGUAGGUGGGAUGCUUCAAGCAAAACUCGAAUCUGGCAUCUCAGUCAAGCACUCAGAUAUGACGGUCAGGUUUGGCGAAGAUGACGUUGGAGGCAUGGAGUUUACACAGUGUGUUGGUGGUCUACAAGACCAGCAACAGCAACCCUCAAGUCAGAAGCGCAGUCGAGCUGUUAGGCCACUGGCAGACAUUACUCAAACCUUUCAUGGGCAAAUUGAUGGCGGAGAAAUGGACCUCACCACUUGUGCUAAUCCUCACGUUGUAGACUCCUCACACCAUCCAGGACCAGAGGCCAACGUGGGGCAAACAAGGAUCUUUCAUUAUGAUGAUACCACUGCUGCAAUGGAGAUGACUACUUGCCUAAAUUAUCAAGGAAAUGUAACCAAAUCUGUCAUAGGUUCAAUUUCAUCCAUCACCAGCGACCAAGAUGCUGCUGGAGACAAGACAAGAGUCUUUCAUUGUGACGAUAACAUGGCAGCCAUGGAGAUGACAGAAUGCUUGGAUGAGAAAACAACCUUCACGGAACUAGGCACCUCCUUGUCACAAAGAGAAGUAGCCCAACAAGAGAACAUUAAACCUUUUGCUACUGACCAUACCAUCAGAAAUGAGACCACUUACAUGUAUGUUGAUGGUCCAUCUCGUGAAGUUCAAAUAAAACAUGACGACAAACUGCUUGAGAAGUCUAUUGUUGCUGAGCCAGCUGGAUCGGAUAAAACCCAAAUAUUUAAGGCAGAAGAUGUUGGUUGUAUGGAGUUCACGACAUGUAUUGGUGGUCUGGUUGUAGAACCAAAAUCAUCCUCUGAGGCAGUCAAACGGAUGAGCGGAGUGGCCUCUAGUACUCUGCCAUUAGUCCAGCCUGAAGACCUUACGAGAAACUUCACUUCAGAUGACACGGGUCGGAUGGAAAUGACAGCUUGCUUAGGGGGCGUGUUGACCGAUGCUUCCAAGAUGACAGACACUGAAAUGGUUUCAACAAAACAUGUUGACAAGACACAUAUAUUCACUGCAGACGAGACAGCACACAUGGAAUUGACAACUUGUGUUGGAUCUCUUAAACCCCUACCUUCAAUGCCAUCUAUCCAACCCGAAGACCGUACCAGAAACUUCACUUCAGAUGACACAGGCAGAAUGGAAAUGACAACUUGCAUUGGAGGCAUGGUUAUGGAUUCUUCUCAGAUGGUGGACACACAACUUCGUCAAAUAGAGCAGGUUGACAAGACGCAUGUCUUCUCUGCAGAUGAGACAGCACAGAUGGAAUUAACGACUUGUGUCGGCUCUCUCAAACCAUUUCCAUCACUGGUGUCUUCCAGCCGGAGAGCACAGAGAACCAAUUCUCAAGAUGGGACGGCCGAAAUGGAAAUGACGUCAAAAAUGGAAAUGACGGCUUGCAUUGGUGGGAUUUUUCCCAAGAUGUCAGCUGAUUCUUGUCGAGCGGAGACCACAAGACAACUUGGAGACCACACCACGAUAUUCAGCUCUAACGACACAGCAAGCAUGGAGAUGACAAAGUGCAUCGGUGGGCUCCAGCUACCCACUUUCGCAGCCAGACCCCAGUCCAAUAACCUUGGUGAACACACACGAGUGUUCACUACAGAUGAAGCUACGAGAAUGGAGAUGACUGCAUGUGUCGGAGGACUCCUCUCUAAGGAAUCACCAGAAGAAGCAUCAGCUGCUGCUGACAGCACAGAUAAUGGUCUUCCAGAUCGCUCACUUACAUGUAGGAUGAACAUAAAAUUGUCACCAAGAGAUACCGACUUGGUGAUCAGUUCAACGUCUCAACAACACUAUCCCCAAGACCAGACCUGCAUCUACUCAUCAGAUAACACUGCAUCCAUGGAAAUGACAACGUGUAUUGGUGGGUUAACUGAGAAAAGUACAUUGCAGUGUCCUGAUGACCAUCUGUCUCAAACAAUGUGCCGCCAACUUUCAAAUCAGACACGCAUCUUUACAUCGGAUAACACUGCAUCCAUGGAGAUGACUACUUGUCUUGGGGGGAUAGAUGAGAAGGCAAAACCGCAGUCUCCUGGUAAAUGUCAGGUCUCUCAAACCACAGCCCGACUUCCAACAGACCACACCCGUAUCUUUACAUCUGAUAACACUGCAUCCAUGGAGAUGACUACGUGCUUGGGUGGGAUAAACGAUAAGUCUAUGCCACAAUCUGCUAAUGAGCUUCAUCUCUUUCAAACCAUGGCCCGACUUCCCUCAGAUCAGACACGCAUCUUUGCUCAUGACGUUACAGGAAAGAUGGAGCUUACAACAUGCAUUGGAGGGAUUGACAGCAGGAGCGUCAUGCAGCAUCCUCCUGAGGACUCAGCAGUUCCUCAAGCUGAUUCCACUCGUCACUUCACCAGUGAGGAAACUGGAAAUAUGGAACUGACCAAAUGUAUUUAUGUAGUUGAUGAGAAAGAAAUGGGUGCAUCUCUUGGAGUAGUCUCCCCAGGAAAGAAAUCAUCUUUCGGAUCUUCAUAUUGUCAAGACACUGAGGGUGUUCCACCAUUAGAGCAAGCUGUAGGUCAUCAAGACAAAAUAAGUCAGCAGAUUAAAGAUGAAAGGGAAGCCAUGGAGGUCAGUAGCUAUAAUCAAAUCCAAGCUCCCCUGGAAAAUCUUGAUUCAUCAUCAUCAGCUAAAGAACCUCAGUUAACAAAACGUAGCUCCGACACAUUCACAAUCGAGCCAUCAUCCCAAACUGGAGCUCCCACAGAACCAUCAACGAGGCGCUCUGACACAUAUACCCUUGAAAAGCCAACAUCAUCAUCCACUAUUGUAGAGAAUCCCACUGCUGACACCAUUCAGCAAAUGGAUGAUCCCACUUCUGCCACCGAUAACCAGGACAAUCCCGCUGAGGGGGGCAUCCCAGCAAUGGGAGAUCUGAAUCGCUGGGGUAGCCUAGACUCAAAUGAUGGCAUUGAGAACGAGCAGCCAGUGUGGGUGGAGAACACGGAAGAUUUUGCCCAGUUGUCUGCCGAGGCCGGAGUGGCCCGUUUGAUGAUGAUGGAAGCAAUGAAAGAUCAGACAGAUUCCAAGAACGCUUUCGACUUGCCAAGCUUCGCUCAAGACAGAGCCCAAGAUGCGGCAGCACCUUCCCUGAUGCCAAGCAGCAUUGAGGAGCAUCAUGCAUCAAAAGCAGAGGAAUCUGUGCCGCCAUCUAUCUUAAAUCUCCCAGCUGAUGUUUCAUCUACUCAACCACCAUCUGGUCCAGUAUCUAUGCGUGACUUCCUUGAGUUUGUGACUAUCAGUAUGCCCAAGGGUCGACGUAGUGUCCUGCCAUGCUUACCACAGGCGGCAUCUCCCCAGACACUGAGUGACUUCAUGGAAGAUCACUUCAUCAUAAAACCCAAGAAAGAAUUAUAUGAAUGGGCUGUCAGUCAUCUGUCUUCGUCCAUUGAAAAGAUGCAGGAGGCAGUGAAUGAACAAGAGCAGCAAAUGUCCGAGUGCAACCCCGAUAUAGUGACUGAAGUACAGUGUGCAUCACCGGAUGAGGCCGCCCGGCUUCAUGGUCACAUUGAGUCCCUACACAAAGCCUGCACUAAGAUGUCUAAAGGUAGCUUCCAAGAAUGGAGACUCAAGAUGGUCAGCAAGACACACCAGUCAUUCAAGCAAACUGAAGCAGAGAUGAAUGACAUCUUAUCCAUGCUAUCAUCCUGUCUGGACACAGCAGACAAGAACAUGGAGGAACUACAAACAUUCAAGGAAGGUUUGGACAACACUCUGACUCGACUGCAGAGCAUCAAACCACCAAGUCAGGAGGAGGUCAAGGAAUUCAUCGACCGUCAGAAACAACUGGAGGAGAAACGGAGACAGGUUGAAGAAAUUAGGAUGAGCAAAGAUGCUUUAGAGAGCGAGUCCUUGAGACUGAAGGAGGAAAUGAAACAGUGUAAGGAGGAACUUGCUGAGGCAAGAGAGAAGGAGAUGUUGCUUAGCAACCAGACUACAUCCGAUGAGGCACUGCAGGAAGCAAUGAUUCAACUAGAAGACCUUCACUGUUUGCAGCAAUGGAGAUGGCGUCAGCAUUCAGAGAACGAACUCAUCUUUACCUUCCUUGAAGAUUCCUUGGUCUUGACCGUCAAACUAGGAAAGGAACUAGAUAAUGGAGGUGGUGUAAAAGAGAGAGAAAUUGCCAGUCUUCACAUGGAGAGCCUGCUUACAGAUGAUGCUAGCAUCUCAGCUCAACUAGCACACAACCUUGUCAAGGCCAGUGUUGAUGUCGAUGCUCUGCAAUCCCGCUAUCCAACCACUGCUGCUUUGAAAAUGUUGCUUCAAGAAGUCUCCGAGGCAGUGUGCCAAGCUGACGGCAUCGCUGAUGAAAUUGAUCGCAUCAGUUACAGACAUGUAGUCACCCUCGAUGAAACCAAUCUGAUUGUUGAGUUUUCUGACCUGGAUGCCUUUGUCAAGUUCUGGGUAACGUUCCACCUCGUUCCAGGAAAGUAUCCAUUCAGUGUCAUCUCGGCUGACUUCAGACACAAGAUCGGCACACUCAAUGAGCAAGAUGUCCAAGCAGUUGUUAGCGAAGUGAAGCCUGGCUGGACAUACCUCACAAGACUUGUACACAGAAUUGACAAGCUUAUCAAGCAGCACAUACCUAGUGAUCAGACAACAUUCUGAAAACAUUGACCUCAAGUCUCAUUUUCCUUUAAGUUGGAGAAUUGACUGAGAAGUGAAGGGAUUCACAAUAUAAAACCACUUAUCAACUCUGCAGUGGGUGUUCUGUAGUUAAUUAAUUCUUCAUAGUUUACAUGUGGUCUCUUCAUUGAUAUGUGUGGUAAAAGUUGUAAAUAUUGCCGAGCCAUCGUUGCCUGGUGCAAAAUGAAUGCAUUUGACGAUGUGCUGUGCUACUAAUGGUAGUUUUUUUCAGGAUUGUAAAACACCUGGAUUUUGUUGUACAUGUAGUAGGACUGUUCGUUAACAAUGUGAAGUUCUGUGAUGCUUGCAUAAAUGUUAAACUAAAAUGCAGAAAAUCCAAACAAAGACUUCUGGUAAAUUCUGUGAAUCGCAGAUGUUUUGAAAGAAUACAAUUGGCAUCUUAGAUGAUGAGUAUUUUAAUUGUGACUUGACUUUAAUUUUUGCUAUGUCUGAUAACUGUAUAUAUUGUACAUAAUGCUACAUUUAUCAUUAGAUAUUUGAUUUUGAGAUUGGAUUCAGCCAGAUUUAGCCAACAACUUGGAGAUGAAGUAAAAUAACAUAUUGCAGUUCUGAAUAAAACAUGUCACUGUUUAUUAGAAACUUCAAAAUAAGCACAACAUUAUAUACAGUGUUUCGAAGGAAAAGUACUUGUUUCAAUUGAAAAAUGAAUUACAAUGCUAUUUUUCUUCAUUUACAAUACAAUUAAUGUGUUCACUUCACGAUCGAUUAAGAAUUCAGCUUAAAUUACAGAGUGGAGUUUACAGGGAAAUAAAAAGUUAGGGAAACAAUGAUUCAGCAAUCUAGGGGCAGUGUGGUUAGCUAGCUUGUAAUUGAAGACUGAAUUAAUAGUCAAUUCUGUACAAUUCAAUUCAAAUACUGUAAUUUGUUUAAAAGUCAAUCAGUCUGCAUGGUUUGCAUAUUGUUCACAAUGAGUGCUAGUUUGAUGAAUUAAAGUACGUUUUAUAUUACUAAAUGUUUGAUUUUUUUUAGAAUUACAAUUUAGUACACAUAGUUGUUUGAUUUGAAAAUGCUGGGUAUAAAAUUGAUGUUAGCAAGACCAUAGGAGGAAGAUAUUGCUAAGUUUACUAUUUAGCUAAGAACGUUCAAGUACAUAAAAAUGGAAUGUUUGUAGUUUUAAGUUAAAACAGUUUUAUGUGCUCAGUGCAAACAUCUUAAAACUGGAAUAAGAAAUGUCCACAGCUGCACAGUCACACAAUUUCACCUUUUUUCCACAUAGCUAUAA